CGAUGUCGAAAUAGCUGCUUUACACGGCUUUGGGCGGCGUCCUGGUUGUUUUACGGAUGAUAAAGGGGCGUCCUGGUAGGUUUUACGCCGUCCAAGGCAGUGAGUAUUUAUAAUUUGGCCUGCCAUAGAAGUAGCUGUCUGCCCGUGUCACGGUGGGAGGAGAAUGACGUGAUGGGAUGCGGGUUGUGCAGGCCAUGAUUCGCCGCACUCAGGCCCGGGACUCUGCGUGAGGAGCAGCGAUGAUGGACACAGUUUGACAAGCGGCGAUAAUUGAUACUUUUGGCUUGCCGUAUCCUGCUGCUGUGGUAGUCGUCGAGGAGCUGUAUGCCGAUUCCAUUUAACAUAAAAACGUCUCUCCUUAAAGGCUGCAGCAGCUGCAGGGACAUGGCCAGAAGAAGGCAUCACUCCCCCUGCAGAGUGAACACAGCAGCCUCACCUGAACUGUCAAGCACAAAAUGACUCAGAGAAAUGGGAUCAGGGGGACGAGGGAUCGCCACCUCUACUCUGAGGCCUCGGGGGUUAGCGAGCAGGUCAACGGUAUGGAGCCAGAGAAAGUUCAGGAGAUCAGCGACUGUGAAAUGGAGGAGGGGGGACAGGCAGGCGACUCCAUGGCUGUAACAGGAGCAGUCACAGCUCCAGAUGGCGGUUGGGGCUGGGUGGUGCUGGCUGCCACCAUCCUAGUCCUGGCUCUGACCCUGGGGUUCCCCUCCUGUGUGGGAAUCUACUACACUGACCUACAGAAUGAGUUCCACGCCUCCAACAGUGAAACCUCUUGGGUUCCUUCAAUCAUGACAUCGGUGCUUCAUGCAGGAGGUCCGUUUUGUAGUGUGUUGGUGGAGAGACUUGGCUGCCGAACAACGGUGAUGUUGGGUGGAGUUCUGAGUGGACUUGGAAUGGCUGCCAGCUCAUUUACGCAGUCCAUCGCCCAGCUCUACGUAACAGCAGGAGUUAUUACAGGACUUGGUUUCUGCUUCAGCUUCCAACCAGCUGUGACAAUCCUGGGACACUACUUUGUGCGUCGUCGUGUGUUUGCCAACGCCAUGUCCUCCACAGGUACAGCCCUGGGCCUGUGCAUUCUGCCCUUCCUGAGUAACUAUCUUCACACAGAGUUUGGGUGGAGAGGAAGUUUCCUUGUUUUAGGAGCCGUCCUGCUUAACUGCUGCGUGUGUGGAGCAGUGAUGAGGCCACUCCAGCCCUCCAGGCGUCGCGGCCAGCCGCUGAUGACCCACAGUCUCCCUUCACCAGAGGAGCAAAAUGUGAAGAAGGAAAAAGGGAGGAUGAGGACAAUACAGAGCUGCGUGGUGGCUUUCCUGAGCAAACACAUGGCCUUCGAUCAGCUCUGCAACAACCAGCGUUACUGUAUGUAUUCCAUAGGAAUCACCUGGAUGAUGCUUGGUUUUGUGGUGUGCUUGGUGUUUCUGGUUCCUUACGCCACAGCGAACGGCAUGGAGCAGGGCCAGGCCGCGCUGCUGCUCUCUAUCCUGGGUAUUGUUAACAUUGUGGUGCGGCCACCCAUUGGCCUCAUCUUCAACAUGUCCUGGUUCAAAGGACGACAUGUGUAUGUGUUCGCUUCAGCCGUGCUGGUCAGCGGGCUCAGUAACAGUAUCUGCUGCCUUGGGCCCAGCUUCACUGUCCUGCUGAGUUUUGUGAUGGUCUUUGGGCUGUCCAUGAGUGUGGCAGGCUCCCUGAUGUUCACUGUACUCAUGGAUAUCGUGGAUAUGAGCCGCUUUCCUUCAGCCCUGGGCCUGCUCUCUAUCAUGGAGAGCAUCACGCUGCUCAUCGGGCCUCCGCUUGCAGGAACCCUGGUUGACAGGACGGGCGAUUACUUCUAUGUCUUCAUUGCCUGCAGUGCUGUUGUGGCCUCCUCUGCCAUAUUCCUCAUGGCUUCAUUUUACUGGCUGGAUAAAAAAGACAGGAAGUCAAAACAGGGUCAGAUAUCCACGCUGCCCGACCCAGCAAGACCAGCUGUCGACGGAGCUCCAGGCUGUCACUAUAGCAGCGUGCCAACAGAGGGAGACCAGGACAAGGCCUCGGCUAACAGGGCAGAGAGUAGCAGCAGCAUCUAAACCUGCUCAGCCUGCGUGUCAACCUUAACACAUAUUACACUCUUGCUUAGACAGUUUGCAAGUGAUUCCUUUUGCUUGCAUCAGCUUGCUUGGUGCACCAGACAAUAAGAACCUCCUGUACACCAUAAAAGUCACACUAAAUACUAAGAAGAAUUUGCACUGCUUGGCCAAGAUUGGACACUUGAUCUUAUAUACCAAAAUGAACAGCUGUGCACUUACAGCUACAGUGUGAUUGUACUGUAAAAUGCUGCUGAUCUUAUCUGUGAUCUCACAAUCUAUCAUAGGAUAUAAAUAGAGUGCAUCUCACUUCCUCAAGCCAAGAAACAUACCUGAUCCUUUGUCAACAAAAUCUGUGUCUUUUCUAGAUGUUUGCUGGAGUUGUGGUUUUAAUGGUCCCGUGGUAUAUGAUGAACCUACAAACACAGAGGACGGGCCUGAGUAGGUGAAAUGCUGUGGAGCGAUAUGUGCAUUUCCACAGGGAAUUUCCUGGUACUUUUCCUUCCCAAGACCUAAAGUCCAAGAACUUCCCCUGGGGGAGAAGCCCCUUGAGCACCUUGUGAUUUGGAUUUCAACAAAUAUUGUAUCAGAAGUGUUACGGCCGACAGGCAGUGUGGUUUUAAGAAUGGUGUGUCUACAAUGCUGUGCUGUAUUUGUGUCAUUGACUUUCAGCACUGCAGGCCUCGCAAAAUCCAAAAUUAGCUCAAAAACCAAAAUUAGCUACAUUUUAGCACGGUCGAAUUACCCCAACGGAGGCACCAGGGAAAAUGAGCUGGUGGUUCCCACUCACCCCAUCCCUCCCGUUCUCUGUGCAUUGUGUGUCUGCCCAUCACAGACAGGUCACACAGGAGGCUGCACAUUGCAGCUUCAUCAUAUCACGUCUGGCCUGAUAAUCACUGUGAAUUGCCUUUUUAAAAUUUUUUUUUAUUUUACUUAGUUCAGCCUGUUUUCCUGUGUCACUACAGAGCAAUGUGUACGUCAGCACAGAAGAUGUGGUAGCAGUUCAUCAGAGCACUUGGUGAUUUUCACAAAAAAAUUAAAAAAUACAUUGAUUUAGGAUUUGUUAUUUAUGAAAGCUGGUUUGCAAUGAUCUAUACAGGUGUGUCUAUGUCAUCCAGCCUUUUUUGUGGCCAUUUUCUGUUCCUAUUGUUCUUGGAUGUAGCUGGAUAUCAAAGACAGAUGCAGUCACUAGUCUUAAUCCCGCCUACAAAGGUCCAUUUUCUUUGACCAGCACAAACAGCCAUCACCGGGCAC